UCGCGAAACGUGCGGCAGACGGUGUUCGCGCGUCGAGCUAGCAAGUUCGGAUUACGCGGCAGCUCAGUUGACUGAUUUUUUUAAUAACCAUCGAUUAUCAUCGGCGAUUGUUAACGUGUCUUUAUCACUGAUUUAAUCGUCGAGUGAAGAAUAUAUAUUUUUUUUUGGGUUAACGGGGGUUUUUUCGGCGUGAUAAAUUGCUAUUUGUGAUUUUUUUUUUAGUUUAUUUUCCCUUUGUUUGGCGAUUGUUAGCAGUUGAGUGCAAUUUUUUUUUUGUUCUGGAGAUUGAAGUGUUGAUUUUGUUUGUGAAGUGAAGGAAAUAUGGAACGACUCAGGGGAAACGCCAAGAUGAUCCUGUGGAGCUGUUUCUUCGUUGCUGUUGCUGUUUCUGUUCAAGGAUACAAUGCUCCAACAGUGGAGGUAGAGCCCCGGGAAAAGGCAAUCGUAAAAGUUGGCGACCGACUGGCAGUGAUGUGCAGAAUCGGCGUGCCAUUGGCAGGAUGUAGGGUGGAGAUACCUGGGGUACCGUCCAUUAUUCUCAAACCGAACCAACCGUCCGACGACGGCAUCAGCUACGAUGGACUUGGGUAUGAGAGUGGACAGUGUGGUGUCACCAUUGACAAUGUCAAGGACAGUUUUCACGGGGAUUUCAAGUGCGCACUUCAACCUGUGGACAGCAGGAGUGAGACCAUUGGAACACUCAAGAUCAUCGUCGCCAAGCCACCGCCAAACAGGCCAGAGCUCAUCUUGAGUCAGGCACCUGGAGAGAGAUACAAGAAAGGAGACAGAAUUGAGAUGAGCUGUAGCGCCCUGGCUGGACGACCCAGUGCCACCGUCAGCCUCUUCCUCAACAAUGAGACACUCUCACGACACAAUUCCCGUUCCGGUUACAACACUAACGAAGAUUCGAUGUCCGUGGUUAAUGCAUCUCGUAUUCUCGAUUGGAGCGAUAAUGGAAAAUGGGUUCGUUGUGUCGCCGAACACAUUGCAUUGGAUGUGCCCAUGGAAGUUCAGAGGCAGCUGCAAGUUUUGUACCCACCCCAGGAACAACCAACAAUCGAACGUUUCGGUUACGUAAUCGGCCGUCCAGGAAUCAUAAACGCAACGGUUUACGCAAAUCCAAAGCCAAAUUUCGUCUGGAAAGUAGGUGAUGAGGAAAUUACUGAAGGAAGAACUGAUCAAAGCCAACGUCUGCAAACCACAACAGCAAGGGAAACGAGACCAGGACAGUGGUACGUAGAGUUGAAAAUCGACAGUGUCCAGAAGACCGACACCGAGAAAUUUUACGUACUGGAAGCACGAAAUCCCGAGGGUACAACAAAAUACCACUUCCGACUCUCCACAUCACCCGAACCCGAAGGUUUGGAUCUCGACGCGGGCUUCAUAAUUGGAAUCGUCGUUGGAAUUUUGGUGCUCCUUCUUCUCAUUUCCCUCAUUAUUUUUGCCCGCGCGACUGGUCGUUGGUGCUUCGCAGCGAGACGUCGCGGUGACGAGGAGGCUGCAGGUGGAGCGGGUGCAGGAAGUGAAGCUCACAUAACACCUGGUGAUGAUGAUGAUGACCACGAGGAUCCACACAUUAUCGAUGAAAAAAUACCCCACGGCCAGGAGAAUCCUAUCCACGCGAGCACCGAAUACGUUAACGGACGCAACGACAUUAAGGAUGUACAGAGGAAGGACGGGAAGACAGACACACCAGUGUAAAUGAUUAAAAAUAUAAAUUGAAAGAGUCCCUCAAGCCCCCUUACCCCUCACUGUCAUCGCACUCGCCACUGAACAAUUUUUAUUAAAUAACGGAGUGCACUGAAGAUCAAUCUCAUUUUUGUUUUUCAAUUGAGAUACGACUCCGGAGAUUAGAAAAUUACGAUAGAUUUAAUUAUGUCAUCGUGCACUGACUGAUUCGGUGAUGAAGGAUCAGGAGUGUAGGGUGAUCAGUAGGAUAAUGGAAGAAUGUACACUGGGAGGAUGAUAAUCGAGCAGUAGAUAGAUACUCGGUAUGGUCAGACAUGUUAAUCAGGAGUAACUGCAGUUUAAAGAGUAAUCGAAUACUUUUUUUUUUUAUUCACUUGCGAGGCUAAUGUGGCAACUGUUCUUAUUUGUAGAGUGGGAAAAUAUUCAAUUGAUGAAACCAGUGCUCAGGAAAUUCUGACGGAGUUCGUGUGGAAUUUUAUGUGGGUCGAGUCGAGGGGUUGUUCGGCUUUAAACAAAUUUUUUACGAGCAUUUUCCGAUUUUUCUUUAAUUAACAAGAUGUUCUCUAUUUUUUUGAAUAGUUUAAUCGCUUCACACACUCGAUAUUUUUUAUUUAAAAUACGAGAAAAUAUUUUGGAACAUUCGUGAAAUGGAAUUCUCAGUUCAAAAAGGAAAUGAGGGUGAGUUUCAUAGACACUGACUUUUAUACUAAGACAUACCUGUCUGAAUCAUCACGGACAGUUGCAUAAUUUUUUAUUGAAUUGACAAUGAAUAACAAAUGGAAUUUUUCAUUAGAAUAGUUCUGGAUAUCUUAUAAGAAUCGGAGUUCUGCUGAAAGAUUCCAUUUUUUAUUCGCUAAUUUCGGGGGACAUCCGUUGGGAAUUCCGUGGAAUUUCUUGAGAAAAACACCAGGUUUAUCUGCUGAAUUUUUUCACACAAAUAUACACGUGUUGGAUUUAUCAGAGCCAUCGCAUAUUUAUUACUAAUUUCCUAAUGAAUUUUCCUUGCCAAUGGCAUCUCCGAGCCUCCGUAUGAUCUAGUGCUACAUGCCUCAGAGAAUUUCAUUUUUAUUUUCAAGUACGAAAUUCUCAAACAUUCCUUCCAUUCGUUCUAUCUAGCACUUUCUUAUUUUCACUUUUGCCUUUAGGUUUUUUUUUCUUCACAUUAGAUUUUAAGGGUUUCGGGGCACCAGAUUUUGAUGAAAUUCCUUUGAAUCUCUUUAGUUUGAAACCUGCCUUAACUAAAUUACUCAAACACCUGACGAUUGUCAUGUUUUAUUUUUUAUUUCUUAGGAGUAGAUACCACUUAUUCUUCAACGUGUGUUUAAAUAGUUUAAUUAUUUAUUUUUCGUGAUGAGACAAGUAAUGGUUUUGUAGUAUCAUUUGUAAUACGUUUUAUACCGAAUUUUUGAUAGCCGAAUCACUUACGGACUGAUAAAUAUAUCAGAUCUCCUUUUUCUUCUAAAAAUUAUUGAAAACAAUUUUGUAUGUUCUUUGUAAUUGUAAUCGAGAACACUUGUCGACGAAAAUACAAUACAUUCCACAACGUAACGAAGUAGAGUUGAAUGUUUUUUUUUUUUUUUCAUUUUUAAUACAUUUACGUUCCCCCUCAGUCGUUUAUUCCAGAAUUUUCAUUGUGAUUGCUCUGUUAUAUUCGUUAUAACACAUGCACGCAAUCCCAACAAAUACGGAAGUCAUAAUUAGCAUAACACGUUCAUUCACCUAAUGAACACAAAUGAUGAUAAAUUACAGUUAUCGUUGGAAUAAUAAAGACUCAAUUGUAAUAAAUUUUAUCAGUGAAUUUUUAAAAACAAUUUUUCAAUGACAAUUCAUCACGAAUUUAUCAUAUUAAAAAAUUUUCACUUUAUUACUUCGACAAUAAUCAUCAUUUGUACUUUUGUAAACGUAUUUUUAAUUGUCAUCAACUCCAAGUCGAUUGAGAAAAGUUCAAAUUCUCGUUCCUCAUCAGCAAUAUUUUUUUGAAAAUAAAUUUCUUUAAUCAAUAGGUGAUUCAUAAAUGUCGGAAAUUUAAUGGAGGGAAUAUACACGUUAGAUCUCGGACAUGAGCUCCUUCUUUUAUGUAUUCAUCAAUUCUUAAUUAAAGAGAGUUCUUAAUUAACUCGUCCUGUCGAAUUCCCCAUUAACUGCGUGUUGUAUAUAUUAAAUAUAUAUAAAUAAAUAUAUUAUAAAUACUGUGGUAAGAUGGAUAAAAAUGAAAAAGAAAAUAACGAAAAAAAAAAUUGAAUAAAAAUAGUGAAUGAAUUAUGAUAAUUAUAAAUGUGUCGAAGGCACUUGGCUUGCAAUCUAUUACCGGCAUUCAUACCUUGCAUUCCAAUUGCCGAAGGACCUGUCGUUAUUCCAUAUUUAAACAGAGAAAAAAAAAAUAUUGAUUGAACAAAAAUACAACAGAGUACAGAUGUGAAAAUUACGACGAUUAUUUAAACUGUUGAAUUUAACUGAACAACUUGUCAACACCUUGAGAGUUUUAAAUGUUUCAUAUAUUAUAAAAAAAUAAAUAGAUAAAUCGUCGAUGAUUAUUUACCAUUGGGAGGAUAUUAAAGGGGAUAUGUCAUUUGGCAAUUUUUAAAAUGAAACGUUGUUUGCAAAUUAAUGUUUUGGUACAAAUCAGGACGAUGAGAAAUGAUGAUUAAAUAACUUGGAAAAAGAAAUAAAUUAACGGGUUACGAGGAUUUGCGAACAGUCACGUUACUAAAAAUGUUUAUGUCCAUAAUUGUAGAAUCACUAAACAAUUUUUCAAUGUUCCAAUAUCCGAAUUGAUGUUAAACUUCUUAACGAGAAAAAUAAAAUUGAGGGGACGAGCUGGAUUUUUAAAUGAAUGAACGAAAAUAGAAACAUAAUUCAUGAAUUACGUAGAUCUCUUGAUCAUAGUACAGGUCCAAUGAAACGAAAAAUUAAAAUUUUAAUUGUAACUUGAUACAACAGUUGAGAAUCACUGCCAAAGGCACCCAAGUGCAGGAAGGAGUUUACGAUAUUCCAACAUUUCAGCCCAAAAUGUUUACAUUCAGAUCUCACAUUUGUGUCGUGAAAAAUUAAUUUGAAAGGUUGAAAAAAAUAGAAAUUAUGAAAUGGAAAAAAACCGGGAAAAAACUGAGAUUUUGAGUUUGAAUAAUUAGAAAUAAAAAUAAAAUCAUUUGAAUGAGCCGACAUUGUGAAAUGCGAACAUUUUGGGGGUGAUAAUCAUUUAAAAUUCAUUGUGACUGUAAAACAUUCAGAAUUACUCAGCUUGUUGGAAUGGAUAUUAAAUAUAAAUAUAACUAAUAGAUAAGAUCGAAUUAAUCCUAAAUUGAAUUUUAAAAAUAUUUCAAAACAUGUUUAAUGUACAAAGAUUCAAUCACGGUACAUUAUCAAUAUUAAUACCACUUAUGAUUUACUGUAUUUUUUCAUUAAUUGAUAUUCAUUAUUUUCAUAAAUUAGUAAUUAGUUUUAACCACCGUAAUGGUAUUUUUUACUUAAAGUUUUUCGAUGGUCAUGCUUAAAUAACACCUGUUUAUUUGCCCAGAUUGUAUAAGUGACACGAAUUAUCCUUCAGUUAAUCGUUUUACGUAUGGGGAGUGACUCGCUUUAACUAACAGAAAACAUAAAUAAAUAAAUACCCGUUUUAUGAAAAAAGAAGAUAGUAGGAAACUCGUACUCGAUGAAUUAUCAAUAAUACGAUUAAAGAAACAAAAUGAAAGAUUAAGAUUGAAGAAAGCAUGAUCGUUGGCCAUACAAUGGAGUAUAUGAUAUAUAUUUAUGUUAAAGUAAGUCUAGAAAUACUGAAAUUUAAUUAUUAAUUGGUAACAGGGAAAAAUUGAAUGAUUCAAUAAUUGAAAAUUUCUGUUAAUUAGUAAUUCUCCGAUAUAUUUUUUCAUGAUUAUACGCAGAGAAAGAAUUCAGAUUAAAAUUUACUCGAAGAGCUCGACGUUUUGUUUUUAUUUUCAUGUGUAAUCACAAUAUUGAUUAAUUUCUGUCUAAAAUUUCUCAACAUUUGGCUGUAAUUGCCUGAUAAUUAGUCUCAAAAUAAUGUAUCAAAGGUUCUGACAUUAAUUUUUGGAAAACAAAAUUUUUCUUAAUUAACAGAUACGAAAGGCAAAUGAUACCGAAUCUCAUUAAAUUCAGAAUUAAUCAUGAAGCGAGAACAAAGUGAAGAACAUUAACGAGUAAUUAAAACAAA